GGUGCUGAGCCAUAAAAGCCAUAAAUCAGGGCAGGAAUGUGCCGGGGUGGGGGGUCCCACAUGGAGAUGCCCCAAGCAGAGCCGGCGAUGGAGGUGGUGCAGCAGCGUGUCAGAGCCUGGCCCAGCUCUGCCUUCCCCCAGUGCAGGACGUGUCCCUGCAGGGUGGUGGCACACACAGGUUCAUGGUGAGGCACACUGGCUCCUCCUGGCCAUGGCUCUCUCUCUGUGGCACCCCAAGCGUGGAGGGACCACGCUGAAGAGUUGCUGUGCUGUGCAGGCUGUGGAGGCUAAAAAUAACAGGGGUCAGCGUUCCUGGGAGGAGCUGGGGCUGAGCACGCUGUUGGCAGCCUGGGAGCCACUCCAGCCGUGAUCCCGGAGCUGAGCUACAACCAGGGCUGGCAAGGUCAGCCCAAGCUGCAGGAACCCCCUGGACCUCUGCAGGGACCCCCUGGACCUCUGCAGGGACCCUCAAACCAUUUGGUGUCCUUUGAGGCUGCUGCAGAGGAAGCCAAGGGGUCUCAGGUUGGGGGGACACAUGGGUUAAGGGGGUUUCUGAGCAUCUCUCUCUUCUUUAUGCAGCUCUACGAGCUGGAUGGUGACCCCAGGAGGAAGGAGUUCCUGGAUGACCUCUUCAGCUUCAUGCAGAAGCGUGGGACCCCCGUGAACAGGAUCCCCAUCAUGGCCAAGCAGGUGCUGGACCUGUACAUGCUGUACACGCUGGUGACCGAGAAGGGGGGGCUGGUGGAGGUCAUCAACAAGAAGCUGUGGAGGGAGAUCACCAAGGGGCUGAGCCUGCCCACCUCCAUCACCAGCGCGGCCUUCACCCUGCGCACCCAGUGA